AUGGGCACUCAACUGUCGCGACAAGAUCCGUCAUCACAACAUCGUUCUCGUCUGUUAUACGAAGCAUGUCUCAAUGAUGAUCUAAAAACUGUUGAGACUCUUUUGCCUACAUUAACUAGUGAAGAAAUCAACAGAGUAAAUUCUGAAACUGGACAAACGGCUUUGCACGCUGCUUGUUCUUCUAACAAUGCCGCAAUCGUACGUCUUCUUUUACAAAAUUCGUUUGUUUUUCGAACAAUAACCAAUCGACAAGGACAAAUUGCAUUCGAGGAACUACCAGCAGCAUCUGAAGAUAUUCAAUUGCUUUUUGCACGACCUCAAGGAGAUAACAAAUCUCCGUCACGUUUUCUCGACACAGCUAGUCCAAGCAUCGUGUAUCAAAUCAAACAGCGUAUUGGCGAUAACUUGCAUCAAGACUAUCAAUAUAUAUCGGCACCAAACGAUUGGUUGUGUGGAUAUGAAAAUGGCGCCUCGGACGCUACUGAGUCUCAAUUUAUGAAUUCCAUUGCACGAGCACCAUCUUUUCUCAAAUACCUCUUGAAGCAACGCACUGAACGAGAAGGACGAGAAAAUCUUGACGAUCUUCUAGGUCGCUCUCUUGAUCGACACAGUCAUAAAGAAGCUUUGCGACUCUACGAUGAUUUCAUCAAGAAGAGUCGCGUGGAUCCACUUCUUACACUCUACACACUCGAAACUCCAUUGUAUGGAGUAUUACAAACAAACGCAAAUGCAUAUACAGCUUUACUUUUUCUUCAUCUUUCGGAAUUAAGUGAACGAGCAUUUACCGGACGAGCGUAUCGUGGAGGCAGUAUGACAUCACAAGAUAUUGACGCUUAUCGAUGGGCAGCACAACCGCAACGUGACGACUUUGUUCUUGAAACACGUACUAUUCAAUCGACAUCGAAGAAGAAAAGUGUUGCUCAAAAUUUUGCCAACAUAGGCAUGAAUAGAACAGGAACGGUUCGUUUUCCGGUUUUACUCACUUUUCAUUUUCCUACAAAGUGUUCGACUGCCAUCAAUCUAACAAGAAUCAAUGACCAAUUGCCACCUCUAUCAAGUUUUACUGGUGAAGAAGAAGUGCUUCUUCUUCCAUUCACUUUAUUCAAAGUGAAUUCGAUCGAGACCGAUACCGAUACCGAAACGAGACAGUAUUUUAUUAAUCUCACUAAUGCACCUGUACCUGAAACCUCAUUAUUAAGCUCGUGGAGUAAAGUCAAGAAAUAA